UCCUUCACCCACAGGAAGCCCAGACACCCUCUGUCUCUAGAUGCUGCUGCCACCGCUGCUGCUGCUCCUGCUAUGUGCAGGUGAGUGGGCCGAGGGGAGAGUGAAGCUGGGGACUGCCGCUGACCCUGCCUUCUCCACAGGGUCCCAGGCUCAGGAUGAGAGAUACUGGCUGCAAGUGCAGGAGUCGCUGACAGUGCAGGAGGGCCUGUGUGUAUACGUGCCCUGCAAAUUCUCCAACCCCAUGAGCUACUUGACUAACCCUGUUCAUGGCUACUGGUUCCGGGGAAGGGCCCACAUAUAUUUGGAUGCUCCAGUGGCCACAAACAACCCAGAUCGAAAAGUACAGAAGGAGACCCAGGACCGAUUCCGCCUCCUUGGAGACCCUCGGGACCACGACUGCUCCCUGGACAUCAGAGAUGCACAGAGAAGGGACUCCGGGACGUACGUCUUUAGGGUGGAGACAGGGAUUAAUAUAAGGUAUAGUUACAGACAGAAUCAGCUCUCUGUGCGUGUGACAGCCCUCACCCACACACCUGACAUCCUCAUCCCUGAGACCUUGGAGUGUGGACACCCCAGGAACCUGACCUGCUCUGUGCCCUGGGCCUGUGAGCGGGGCACGCCCCCCAUCUUCUCCUGGAUGUCAGCCGCCCUCACCUCCCUGGGCCCCAGGACCCACCUCUCUUCAGUGCUCACCCUCACCCCACGGCCCCAGGACCAUGGUACCAACCUCACCUGUCAGGUGAAGUUCCCUGCAGCUGGUGUGAUGGUGGAAAGGACCGUCCAGCUCAAUGUCACCUGUGCCACACAGAACUCGACAGCUGAUGUCUGCCUAGUGGAUGACAAAGGGAACCUGGAGACCAGGGCAGGAGUGAUUAAAGGUGCCAUUUGGGGAGCUGGUGUCACCACGCUGCUUGGUCUCUGCCUCUGCCUCAUCUUCUUUGGAGUGAAGACCUGUAGGAAGACAGCAUCCCGGAGAGCAGCGGGCGUGGACGGCAUCCACUCAGCUGUAGGGCCAGCUCCCCUGGGUUACCAGCAGGAGUCUGAGCCAGAACUCCCUGCUGAGCCCACAAGCUCUGCAGGGGUGCCCCCCACCUUGGAAAUGGAGGAGGAGCUGCAUUAUGACUCCAUCAGCUUUCACAAGAUGAAGGAGAACACCUGCACAGAAUAUUCAGAGGUCAAUACAAACAAACGCCCAAUUCCCAGGCAUGGCCUGGUGCAUGCAACCCCAGGGAAGCCUGGGGCAGGGGGCUAUGAGCUGAUCAAGAAGCUCAAGAUCCCCCUCGGAGUCCUGAUGCCACCUUUGCUGCUGCUGCUGCUGUGUUCAGGGUCCCAGUCUCAAGAUUCCAGAUUUCAGCUGCAAGUGCAGACACCCAUGAUGGUGCAGGAGGGUCUAUGUGCAUUCGUGCCCUGCAGUUUCUCUUACCCCCCAGUCCAAUACACUGAGGAGGACCCAACUCACGGCUACUGGUUCCGGGAAGGGACCAAUACAGAGCAGGGUGCUCCAGUGGCCACAAACAACCCCAAUCGUGAAGUGCAGCAGGAGACCCAAGGCCGUUUCCACCUCCCUGAAGACCUCGGGGACUACAACUGCUCCCUGGACAUCAGAGACACACAGAAAAGGGACUCGGGGACAUACUUCUUUAGGGUGGAGAGAGGGUCUUAUGUGAAAUACAAUUACAUAGGGAGGAAAUAUCAUUUCAAGAACUACCGGCUCUUCCUGCAUGUGACAACUCUCACACGGACACCUGACAUCCACAUCCAGGGGCCCCUAGAAUCUGGCCAGCCCAAGAACAUUACCUGUAGUGUGCCCUGGGCCUGUAAGAGGGGGACACCCCCGAUCUUCUCUUGGAUCGGGGAUGCCCUCACCUCCCUGGGCCAUGGGACACACUUCUCCUCGGUGCUCACCCUCACCCCGGGGCCCCAGGACCAUGGCACCAACGUCACCUGCCGAGUGACCUUCCCUGGAGCUAACGUGAGCACAGAGAGGACCAUCCAGCUCAACGUGUCCUAUGCGCCCCAGAACCUGACCAUCAGCGUUUUCCCGAGAGAAGGCACAGCACCUGAGGCUCUGGGCAACGGUUCAUCUCUCCCAGUCCAGGAGGGCCAGUCCCUACACCUGGUCUGUGACCACAACAGUAACCCUCCUGCCAAGUUGAGCUGGACCCGGGGCAGCCUGACCCUGAAGCCCUCACAACCCUCAAAUCCCGGGAUCCUGCAACUGCCCCGGGUGGAACUGGGGGACCAUGGGAUAUACGUCUGCCGAGCUCAGCACCCGCUGGGCUCCUUGGAAGCAUCCCUGAGCCUCCUUGUGAAGAAACCCCCGAAGCUGUUUGGUCCCUCCUGCUCCUGGGAGGGUGAGGGGUUGCACUGCACCUGCUCUGCUCAAUCCCAGCUGCCCCCCUCUCUGCACUGGCGGCUGGGGGAGGGGCUGCUGGAGGGGAACCACAGCGAUGCCUCCUUGACCGUCACCUCCAGCUCCGAGGGGCCCUGGGCAAACAGCAACCUGAGCUUCAUGGAGCCGCUGGGCUCCAGCCUCAGACUCAGCUGCGAGGCCAGGAAUGUGCAUGGGGAACAGAGCGCCACCAUCCUGCUGUUGCCAGGGAGACCAGGGCCCAGGACAGGUGUGCUUCAGGGGGCCAUUGGGGGAGCUGGUGUCACGGCCCUGCUUGCUCUGUGUCUCUGCCUCAUCAUCUUCUUCGCAGUGAAGACCUACAGGCAGAAAUCAACCGGGAAAGGAGUGCAUAGGAACGACGUCCAUCCCACAUUGAAUACAGUCUCCCAGGAUCACAGCCAGUCAGACAGCCGGUCAGACCCCCUUUCCCCAGCUGCAGCUGCCUUCCCCUCAGAGAAAGAGGGGAAGCUCCACUAUGCCUCCCUCACAUUCCACGGGCUGAGGCCACACAACUUUCAAGACCGGGAGACCACCGAGUAUGCAGAGAUCAAGACCCAGAAAUGACGACCCCACCCACAGCCCCCCUCAGGAGCCCAGACAGGGCAUCUCUGAGGAAAUGCGUGUCAGGCACUGAUGUUUUUUAUUUUUAUUUUAAAAAUUUUUUAAUGUUUAUUUAUUUAUUGAGAGACAGAGAGAGAGACAGAGAGAGAGAGCACAGGUGAGCAGGGGAAGGGAAUAGAGAGAGGGAGACACA